AGACUCAGAUGAUGACUAAAAGGCUGUUUUCCCUAUACCUAUGCUGAAUAGAUGGGAACAGAAUCUUGGGCCAUGGCACUAGAAUCUCUCAGACAUUCUGGAAUCUGGUGACCCAGCAUGGCAGAAGGGAACCAAACUGUCAUCUUCCAGUUCCUCCUCCUGGGCCUGCCCAUCCCCACAGAGCAUCAGCAGCUGUACUAUGCCCUGUUCCUGCUCAUGUACCUCACCACCGUCCUGGGGAACCUCAUCAUCAUCAUCCUCAUUCGACUGGACUCCCAUCUCCACACACCCAUGUACUUGUUUCUCAGCAACUUGUCCUUCUCUGAUCUCUGCUUUUCCUCUGUCACAAUGCCCAAAUUGCUGCAGAACAUGCAGAGCCAGGACUCAUCCAUCACCUAUGCAGGAUGCCUGACACAAAUGUACUUUUUCUUGCUCUUUGGAGACCUUGAGAGCUUCCUCCUUGUGGCCAUGGCCUAUGACCGCUAUGUGGCCAUCUGCUUCCCCCUUCAUUACAUGAGCAUCAUGAGCCCCAGCCUCUGUGUGAGUCUGGUGCUGCUGUCCUGGGUGCUGACCACUUUCCAUGCCAUGCUGCAUACCCUGCUCAUGGCCAGAUUGUCAUUCUGUGAGGACAAUGUGAUCCCCCACUUUUUCUGUGACAUGUCUGCUCUGCUGAAGCUGUCCUGCUCUGACACCCACGUUAAUGAAUUGGUGAUAUUUGUCACAGGAGGCCUGAUCCUUGUCAUUCCAUUUGUGCUCAUCCUUGUGUCCUAUGCACAAAUUGUGUCCUCCAUUCUCAAGGUCCCGUCUGCUCGAGGCAUCCGUAAAGCCUUCUCCACCUGUGGGUCCCACCUGUCUGUGGUGUCACUGUUCUAUGGGACAAUCAUUGGUCUGUACUUAUGUCCAUCAGCUGAUAACUCUACUGUGAAGGAAACUGUCAUGGCCAUGAUGUACACAGUGGUGACUCCCAUGCUGAACCCCUUCAUCUAUAGCCUGAGGAACAGAGACAUGAAGGGAGCAUUGGCCAGAGUUAUUUGUAAGAAGAAAGUUUUCUUCUGUCUAUGA